CUCUUUUUUCUCUACUUUUUGAUACAGAAGUGGGAGAGUAUCGCUGCCUAUGUGGCGCUGGGAGUUAUUACUUUGGAAUUAGGCGCUUUUGGUUCAGAAAUGCACCCACGGGUGUUCUCGUCAGCCUACACUUUGUCCCUCGUUGCAUCCGCGUACAAGAUGGUCGCUUUGCUUCGGUCGAAGUACCUCACAGGUGUAUUAUCGCGACCCAAUUCUUCUUCUCCCUCUUCUCGUGGUUCGCAAUGUCGCCGCGAAGGUCCAUUUUGGGAGCGGAUAAGGAAGACUCAGACAAACUUGAAGCUGAGAGUAGUUUACGAGACCCAUUACCAUGACCACCCCUGGUUCAGCGUCGAGGACGCGAAAAAUAACCCGGACCGGUGCGGCUUGCCGUCGUGUUGGUUCCACGACGUGGGUUCGCUGUUGGAGAUAGUUAGGGCCAAUUUGCCGACCCUUUCGGUAAAGCGCAGGGAGUCAUGCUCGGAGAAUCCGGAGAGAGAGAGCCGAGGGCGGGUGAGAACGGCAUUGGAGGCUAUUCUCGAGCUAUCAGAAUCAACGAAUAGCGAUGUCCGGGAUGAGAUGGCCGACAUCGUUCAGGAUAUACCCCAGGCCAGCCGGUUCUCCAUAAAUGUGGACGUCAUUCGAGACAUCGCCAGAUCAGGAUGCUAUUUCAUCCUGCUGAGCGUGCUCCAAUGCACAACGAGCCCCACGGGUGCAAGCGAGGUCCGACUCGCCGCAUCCAUCCUCGCACGGGUCGCCUCUGGCCUUGCUGUGAUGCCUUGGCAGCCCUGCCGAGACCAGAGAGAUGCUGAUCAGCAGAGCGCUCUUUUCACUCCCUUGGCAGGCGAAGUGGUCGAAGCACUGGUCCGUCUAGUGGAAAUGUGUGCCGGCCACCACGGCACCAGGGCCAACACAGUGGCUGGCGAGGAGGGAAGACGGCAAUUGGGCGGGGAAAAGGAAGGGGAGGAGGACGAAGGGAAGGUCCAUCUCCAAGAGACGGCCCUUUCCGCAGUGUGCUCCUUGGCACAAGCUGCUAGCGAGAUGCAUGCGCACAUCGCCUGGGUGGCCAAGGAGCCAGCUGUACCGAGUGGCAGAUUUUGUAACGCAUUCUCCACUCUCGGGCCCGGGGAUUGGCCAUUGGAGAUGCCCAUACCGAGCUUUGACGAACAGGAGGUCCGGGACUUCAUUGCGAGUGUAGUGGCAGAGUUGAACUGCCCCCGAACUGAGAGGCUGCUCCUGGAGUUUUUGGAGGUGGGAAAGUUGAAGCAAUCGUUCCAGAGGCUCGUGGCGGACUCCAUCAGGAUCUUCGCCUACCUGCUGUGCCCGAGGAUGGUCUACUGGCGUAGGUUUGAGACGAUGCUGCAGGACUUCCCCGACUCUCUGUUGUGCUCGAUGGAUAAGCUCCAAGACCCCUCCAGGGUAGAGGCUGCUCUGAAGGGGCUGAUUCGUCACUGCUGCGGAAAUGCAGACGAAGCAUGUCUCUCCGCUUUCUCCAAACUCCACCUGGCCAAGAUCCUCAUCUGUCAGAACAUCAGAGACAUCGAUUGCCAAGUUGCAGAGCUUCUCAUUCAGUGUCUCAAGUACUGCGUUCAAAAGCGCGGCAGGAGAGAGAUUGACUGGUUCACCUGUGAGGUACUGGACACACUGCGCGACCUUCUCGCCACCUCGUCACCCUUGCAAAAACCAAGCAUCUGUGACACAAUCGCCAGCCCUGCUAGCCGCUGUUGGGAAUCGCUUGUCAAAAUGCAAGAUCUCGCACGGGAUCGGUUUGAUCUCCGGCGUUGCAACGCAUCUGCAUUGGGACUGGCGGCGGAUGUACUCGAAAACUUGCCCGACAAGCCCGACACUGUGAACCUCAUCGGUACUCUAACAGGCGACGCGGUACAUUUCUGCCAUGUUCUACUCCGACGAUUGCGUGUCGAAAGAGGGAGGUCUGAAGAUGGUUUCUGGAAGAGAUGUUGGGCCGUUUUUCUCCUGUGUAUAAUAACGCCGCUCUAUAAUUCUGCGUGGAGGCCACCUUGCACAUUCAAGGAGAUAUUUCAAGCCAAGUGUUGCGAGGCUGAUACGGACGGGAUGGAGGGAUUAGAGGAUUCGGUUCACACUCUUCUCCUAGUCCGAAAUGUCACCCGCCUCCUCCGUCUGUGUCUUUGUCAGAGCGAGAACGCCCAAGAGAUCACACCCGAGGCAAACGAUUUGCUGCUUAUCCCUGUACGACUCCUCCUGAUUCUUCGAUACCCCCUGGGCAGUUUUAGGCUGCCCACUCAGCUGGGAUUAGACGAACUGUUUGCCCGUUGCGUGAGCGACAUCAGGGCGAACAGUGCCGUAGUGGUUGGCAAAUGGCUUCGCCUGAUCGUCCCUAGUAGUCAUUCCGUUACUUUGAAGGGAUUGCUGGAGAGUUACUGGGCCCGCCUGCUAGAGUGGCAACGGAAGAGCGAGGCAGAAGGCGGUCCGGGUUCGAGUUCCGACUUUGAGGGGUUAGUCCGAGUCGUAGACCAAUGCUCGGGCCUUUUCCAGCGGCCGGUAGAAGAGGAUUAUUCACACAUCAUAGACUGCCCAGAAAACUUUGAGGUCAGACCCGAGGAAGCAAUCCCUGCAACAGAUCCUAAGCUGAUGCUCACGAUGCGGCAACGCCAUCAACCCCGCACUGUUUAUUGUCACAUGGCGAUUUGAUGCCACUUUGGGGGGGGGGGGGGGGCGGGGGGGGGGGGGGGGGGGGGGGGGGGGGGGAAGGUAUGAGGGGGGGCGUGGAAGGUGUGGAGAGAAGGUUUUAGCCGGUGAAGGUUGGUGUGUGGUAAGGAGAGAAAGAUCUUACCUUUCUCUCUGAAGUUGUUCACACCUCCACACUCCGGUGUAAGUUCAGUGUUCUAUGAUUCUAUCCUUGUUUUUGUCUUCGUUUAAAUUGUUCUCGUCAUUCUUCUUCGUGUUUAUAAUCCGUCUUCAAUCAGCAUUCUUCGUGAGUCGAUAUAUUCACAAUCGCAUUAGGUCUGAUCACUUUUUGAAGGCAUAGCCUCCUUGCUCCAUCGAUCGCAUCACUAUUUGAAGGCAUAGGCCCUCGCUCCGAUCGAUCGCAUAACUUUUGGAAGGCAUAGCCCCUCGUUCCAUCGAUCGCAUCACUUUUUGAAGGCAUAGCCCCUCGCUCCAUGGAUCGCCAAAUGUGAAAGAGAGAAAAAUGGCGAGUGAAUAUUUUCCACAUUCAAGCUGAAAAAGCAUCAUCCACCAAUUCGCUCUUUGUUAAGCAGGGCAGCAAUGAAUCGCUGUCGGCAUU